AUGGCAAUCGAGAAGCCCCUACAAGUUACCCAAAGGCCGCCUGAAGCAGUCUUUCCAAACGACAAAUUCUUCAGCAACCUUCUCUCUUGCGCAGAGCGGUUCCCUGGUAAUCCAAUUGCAGUCAACGAUCCGGCAAAUGGCGUGUCUGCGACAUACAACCAAUUGAUCGGGGAUAUUGUCUCUACGCGGAAGGCGAUCUACGAUUCUUGGUCUCCCGAGCUGUUUGACAGCCAUGGGAUUUUGAAAGGCUCACCAUGGGUUGGCCUUCUGGUACCUACCUCGUACGAGUUUGUGGUUGGGUGUCUUGUGAUCCUCUCGAUUGGAGGUGCUAUCAUGCCAAUGCGUAAGUCGCCAUAUGGAGAUGCAAAGCUUCUAUCUAACAAAAGCCACGGUCUAGCAAAGGCGAUUCUACCUGACGAAGCCGAUCACUUCUUUGAACAGUGCGAUUCUACCCUCUUGGUAGUGGGAUCGAAGCAUCAGGAAGUUGCGCUCAAAGUCCAGGCAUAUCGACAUGUUGUCUCGCACCGCCCGAUACUAAGUAUACCCGUGACACUCGGAGACCGAAGCGAGAAUCACGUAGGUGUCAUGUAUUUGGAUGAUAACAUCAACCUGCCUUCCGAUCGCCCUGGAUUAGUCGUUUUCACGUCCGGAACUACUGGUCCACCCAAGGGUGCCGUGCUUCCUCGUUGCUCGUUAUAUCCUCGGCAGCCAUGUUCCCCGGAAAACCGCCUGAUCAAGCUAUGCGAUCGUCCAGCGCACUGGAUCGGUGGCUAUGUCGGGUUGUUUCCACUCCUUCUCAGUGGACAUGGCAUUGAGAUCCUACCUCCGGGCUCCCCUGCAGUGGACUACUGGGAGCUCCUGCGACAACAGCGCGUCACUCGGGUUACUUGGGGACCGAUGAUGUUCUCGCAGUUGAAGCAAUACUACGAGGAUCACCUUCGAUUACUACCAGAUGCGGAACUCGAGCCAUAUUUGCAAGGUAUUCGAGUGAUUCAGGGACUGAGGGCCGGAUCGGCAAUGCCAGCACCUGUCUUAUUGGAAUUCUGGCAGAACAUGCUUGGGAAACCACUUCAAAUGGGGUAUUCUGCUACCGAGGCAGGCGGGCUGAUGAGUGCACUACUCAAUGUUGGCUCUGCGAAGCCGUCAUCGAUAGGCAAACCAAUUCCCGGCGUCGAAAUGAAACUCUCUGAAGGAACGACCGGCGAGAUUUUGGUCAAAAGUUCCCGUAUCAUGCUACGUUACUUGAACAACCCUGAAGCGACUCAGGCUGCAUUCACUGAAGAUGGAUUCUAUCGAACUGGUGAUAUGGCCCACAUGGACGGCGAUGAAUUCAUAUUUGAUGGACGAGUCUCAUCUGACUUUGUACAAGUUUAUGCAUAUCGUGUCCCCAUUCUGGAGGUUGAGAAUGCAGUCACAGCGCUGCCAUACGUGGUCGAGGCUGCAGUUGUCGCAGUCCCUGAUCCAGCUUGCGCGAACCAAAUCGGCGCCGUCAUCAGGCUGAGACAGGGAAUGGCUCAGAUGCCUCUGGACAAGUUGCGCACCGACCUGUCCCCAUCACUCCCUGCAUACACUUUACCCACCAAAAUGCGGGUCCUCGACGAUGAUGAGAUGCUGCCUAGAACCGUCUCAUACAAGAUCCAGCGAAAGCAGACCGCCCACAAGUUCUUUGGAGACAGCGCAGAGGUGGAUCGAGUACAGGUCUGUCUGAAACUUCAGGCUGGUAAGGAUCGCCCUGUAAAGGCGUGGGAUUGGGCAGGACUACAGUAG